AUGGAAGCCUCCAACCCCUCGACACUUCCACGAAAGAAGGCCAAGGAUGGCGUGAAGAAGGCAGGCAAGAAGACGGGAAAGAAGACCUCUGGCAAGAAAAAGCCAACUUCGUCUGCGAGCGCCGUUCCUGUUGCCACUCCUCUUUCCGCUCCUCAUCCCGUGGGCUCUCAGUAUGCACCGACAUAUACGCCCAUUCCACAGACACAAACAGUCGUCUUUGAAAAGCCAGUCAAGCGAAAGGGAAAGGGGUCGAUAUGUUUACUCGCGUGUCUGGCAAUUGUCUCCUAUCUGGUGGCAAUCAUUCUGGGUCUGUACAUGAUGACGAGCUGUGUCUCGAAAACGGCAAAUGCCAAUGAUAUUUACCUCGCUGAACUCUCGACAAACGAGACAUACGAUAUCUCACUUCGUGUGGGCUACUUUGGGGGCUGCGUAUCUGUCACCAAAGCGGCUGAAAUAUCCUCUAUAAACGGCAACUCCUCAACACAAACGUUCACCCACUGUAUCCCAAACAUGCGCCGCAAAGAUUUGAAUAAUCUUAGCAAAGACCUUUGGGAGCCCCUGUACCUCAACUCUUCUGUCGCCGAAUCCGACGUUCAGUCCUUCCUGAAUACCACCCUCCCACAAGCCAAGCACCUCCGGCAGAAUGUUUUCUUCUGUGAACCUCCCCUGCUCCAUAUCCUCCUAUUCUUCAUCACAGGUAUUAUGCUCCUUGUUGCCCGAACAGGUACAUCCAGAAAGCGAUCAUACAAGGCAAUGUUAGUGACGGCGAUCACUUUGAGUGCCUUCUCGCUUGCUCUCGUAUUGGUGACGUGCCUCGGUUCUCUACAGGGUAUGAAUGCGCUGCUGAAUACAUCUGCAUCCGGGAACGAAAAAAGCCUUGGCGUUGCACUGUAUAUUUCGCGUGGUAAGGCUAUGCAGGGGCUCCAAGGGGCUCUUGUUGGCGUUGUCGCCGUAUUCUAUGUCACGAUGGGAGCGCUCUUCGUGCAGAGAACCCCGGAGGCCAGUGCGGCGUAUAUAAUCCAGGCCUUCCAGACUGUCGGAAAACCUUUGAAGAAGAGGAUGUGGGAAAGGAAAUAA